AGAGCAGAAGAAGAUCAAACAGAAGCGACUUCACCAACCCAUUGUUUCGUCCAUGGAGAAAAUUCAGUCAACCCAAGUUCAAGUCAACGGUUGUUCUUCCACUUAUGUAUUUUCCCACUAAAUAAAAGAAGACCAAUGAGAACAAACAGACAAACGAAAGCUUCCAUCUUCAAAAUCAUGAUGACUAUGAAGAUUGCAAACAAAACAAACAGGGCCUUAAAUGACUGACAAAAAGGCAUAUCUAUCGUGCACCCAGUGCACCUUUAAGCGUAAAUGACAGUAGCAGUGGAGCAGGUAUCCACUGCGGACCUGCGGUCCCCGCACUUCUCUCGACUCUUCCCCUCACCAAUUUAAGCAAGCAGCUACUCUUCUUUGAUAGCCUUUGUCUUCGAUAUAUGUAUUUUUUGUUUCCAGGACUCUCAAUCUCUCAUGGCUUCCUUUUCUUCUCCAUGGGCAUGUGGUGUUGUUCUUGCUUUGUUACCUUCUUUCUUUUUUCUUGCGCUUGCUGCAAGCAAUGUUUAUAUUGUAUAUAUGGGAGAGAGACAUACUGAUCAGCCAAAUCUACUGGAGGAUUCUCAUCAUCAAAUUCUUUCAGACAUUCUUGGAAGCAAAGAAUCUGCCAAGGAAUCCAUUUUAUACAGCUACAAACAUGGGCUUUCAGGAUUUGCUGCAGUCCUCAGUCAGUCUCAAGCCAAGCUUAUUGCAGAUGUCCCUGGGGUUGUUCGUGUAGUUCCAAAUAGAAUUCUAAGUCUGCACACCACUAGAAGCUGGGAUUUCCUGCAUGUAAAGCCUCAAAUUGUGGAUGGGAUUCUUUCAAGGAGCCAUUCAGGGAUUGGGACUAUCAUUGGUGUCAUGGAUACUGGUAUAUGGCCGGAGUCUGAAAGCUUCAAAGAUAAGGGCAUGGGAAAGGUUCCAUCUCGAUGGAAAGGGAUAUGCCAGGAAGGAGAAGGAUUUAACCGCUCCCACUGCAAUCGGAAAAUUAUUGGUGCGCGUUGGUAUGUUAAAGGGUAUGAAGCUGAAUUCGGAAAGCUUGAUCCAAGUGACGGGGUUGAGUUCAUGUCUCCUCGAGAUGCUUCGGGCCAUGGUAGUCACACCUCAUCUACUGCAAGUGGUGCUCUAGUAGAAAAUGCAAACUUUAGGGGACUAGCCCAAGGGUUAGCCAGAGGAGGUGCUUCUUCAUCGUGGCUAGCUAUCUACAAAGUUUGUUGGGCUACUGGUGGCUGUAGCUCAGCUGACCUUCUUGCGGCAUUUGAUGAUGCAAUCUUUGAUGGUGUCAAUGUUCUUUCAGUAUCUUUGGGCUCACCUCCUCCGCUUUCCACCUAUGUUGAUGACACAUUGGCUAUUGGUUCCUUCCACGCUGUAGCAAGAGGAAUAUCUGUUGUAUGCUCUGCUGGCAACUCUGGUCCUUAUCCUCAAACUGUCAUUAAUACUGCUCCAUGGGUUAUAACUGUCGCUGCAAGCACCAUUGAUCGAGAUUUCCCUUCUGUGGUCACCAUGGGAAACAACCAAACUGUUGUGGGUCAGUCUUUCUAUACAGGAAGGAAAGUAAACAAGUUUCAUCCUAUUGUGUAUGGAGAAGAUAUUGCAGCCACAGAUGUAGAUGAAAACAGUGCCGGAAGUUGUGAUUUGGAAACUCUGAAUGCCACUUUAGCAAGAGGAAAAAUAGUUCUUUGUUUCCAAUCUCGGUCACAGAGGUCAGCUGCCAUUGCUUCAAGAUCUGUACUCAAGGUUAAGGGUGCUGGUGUUAUCUUUGCUCAGUUUCCUACUAAGGAUGUUUCUUGUCCGUGGAGUUUUCCCUGUGUCCAACUGGACUUUGCCGCUGGGACAUCUCUGCUGACAUACAUCGCGGCAAGCAGAAAUCCUGUAGUCAAGUUUAGCUUCUCAAAGACGGUUACAGGGCAACAGCUAGCCCCAGAAGUGGCGUAUUUCUCAUCACGAGGACCCAGUUCCCUUUCACCAUCUGUGUUGAAGCCAGACAUUGCUGCUCCAGGAGUUGAUAUAUUGGCUUCCUGGUCCCCUGCUUCUUCCUCCAAGCCACUAGAUUCACCUCAAAACAAAGCAUCUCCAUUUAACUUUAAACUCGAUUCUGGAACCUCCAUGGCUUGUCCCCAUAUCUCUGGCAUUGUUGCUCUUCUCAAAGGUAUCCAUCCCACGUGGAGCCCUGCAGCAAUUAAGUCUGCACUAGUAACAACAGCUUCUGUGACGGAUGAAUAUGGCCAAAAUACUGUAGCUGAGGGAGCACCCCACAAGCAGGCUGACCCAUUUGACUAUGGGGGUGGUCAUGUUGAUCCAAAUAAAGCUCUAUCUCCCGGUCUCAUAUAUGACAUGGAAAUCUCCGAUUAUGUCUGCUUCCUUUAUGCAAUGGGCUAUAACAGCACUGCCAUCAGCCUAAUGACUAGGGUUCGCACCCCAUGUCGUAAAUCAGCCAAGGUCCUUCUGAAUCUAAAUUUGCCUUCCAUCACUAUACCUGAGCUUAAGCAGCGGUUGACCGUCUCAAGAACAGUUACAAAUGUUGGUCCAAUAAAUUCUGUUUACUUUGCUCGUGUUCAAGCUCCCGCAGGCACUCACGUAAGCGUCAAGCCAUCAAAUUUGUCAUUCAAUUCCACAACAAAGAAGCUGAAGUUUAAGGUUACCAUCUGCGCACAACUUAAAGUUCAAGGAAGGUACUCAUUUGGAAACCUGUACUGGGAAGAUGGUAUUCACGUAGUAAGGAUUCCCCUGACUGUUCGAAUUAUCAUUAACGAUUAUUUCUACACGGAAACAUGACCCUCACUGCCAUAGGUUUUGUAUCACUGAAUAAAUUUGAACUCAUAGCAUCAAUAAUUGUAAAUUGUUCCUUGUCCGGUUGCUGGCAUCCUUCAAAGUGUACUUGAUCUGAUUCAAUACACACAAAAGCAAAGUUGAGGGCCUU